AUGGCGCCGAAAGCACGCAAACACACCACUGCCAAUAUUGGAGAAACCAGAAAACCACAGGUAGAUACUAUCGACUACAACGAGGUCCAGAACGAUGAGGUUCAAGCGCUGGAAGCCAUUUUCGGGGAGGACUUCGAGGCUGUCGAGGUCAAGGGAGCCUGGAGCAAGACCACAGACCGGAGCUUUAGGUUGAAGAUCCGGCCGUCUGAUGAGAACGAGGGCGUGUUGACGUUGACAGUCCGUUUGACGGCGACAUAUCCAAAGACGGUGCCUUUGCUGCUGAUCGAGGGCCUGGAUGGCUACCAUGACCGGACGCAGAAGCGGAUCAACGCUAUUCUCGCCACCCGCCCAAAGCAACUGCUGGGAGAGGCUAUGAUUUAUGAUAUUACGAACGACAUCAACGAUGCGUUGGAAGAUGCUGUCAGAGCCAAGCAGGAGGGAACACUCCCAAGCCUGGAGGAUGAGCGGGCGACUGCUGAACAGGCCUCGACUGCUAUGGCGCAAGAAGCAGAAGAAGCAGAAGCCCGACAGGCUCAGGAAGCAAAGGACGAGGAAGAUCGGAUGCUCAAACAGAUGGUCGAUGACGAGAUCCACCGACGAGAGUCACGCAAGGUCUCCAAACCCGUCGAGGCUGAACAACCAGCUGCGAAUGUUGACCAAGAUGUUUUGACAUUUGAUACGCCCGCCUUCAUGCAAGUGGGAUCAGAAAGGGUAGCUUUUACUAAGGUAUCGCUUCUGACUCAGCUGUCCCAAUCUCGCGACCGUAAAGAGCACCUUGCCAAGCCCAUCUCCAGCAUCGCUCAGUCUUUCCUGGUCGCUGUCAAGCGUCUGACAUUCCAGCGUAGCCGCGGAGAAGUCAUGGAGCUGGAAGAACUGCUUGCCACCGUAAACAAGCUCCAACAUCCUGGUCUACUCAAUGUUCUCGCCUACCGUAUCGACAGGCUCGAAGCUGCACGCUCCGAGCUCGUUAUAUGCAACGAGUACGCAGACCGCGGCACGCUCCACGAUCUUCUCAGCCUCUGUACUCUCCAAGCCAGCAAGGCCCGUCAAUUCACUGUGGAGAUACUUGAGGCGCUAGACUACUUGCACCGGAACGGAGUAGCCCACGGCUGCCUGACGUCCAAGACCGUUGCACUUGUCGGCAGGCCUGCCGUCUCGCCGAAGCUGACCGACUUUGGCUAUGCUGCGACGUUCCAUACCCUUGAAGACCUCCCUUCCGGAUGGAGAGCACCUGAGAGCCAGCAAGACUCCACUACUACUGUCCAGCGGAAGUCUGAUAUCUGGGCUCUCGGCGUCUUGGUUGCGCAGCUUUUCCUUGGUCUCGAAGUGACAGAGCAACAUAGCUCCCCACAGGUCAUGCUUGGGCGGCUUGAACUCUCUGACUCUUUCGGAGAGUUCCUCCAGAAGAUGUUCAACAAGGAGCCGAAGAAGAGGCCAUCGCCGUUCGAUCUGCUUCCGGCGGAGUUUCUCCGUACCAGCGAUAGCGUGAUGGCAGAAGAUCAGUUCUCCGCGCCGACAACAACUCGCGAGCGCUCAGGCAGCUCGUUCUUUGCCUCUCCCGUCAAGCGCCGCUCGAGACAUAACUCUUCCAGCGCCUUCGAGCCGGCUGUCUCCCGGUAUGCGUCAGACUUCACCGAGCUUGGCCGCUUGGGCAAAGGCGGGUUCGGAGAAGUAGUCAAAGCACGUAAUAAGCUGGAUGGCGGUGUAUAUGCAGUCAAAAAGAUCAAACAGGCUCCAAAUCUGCUUGAUCAAGUCAUCUCCGAAGUCAUGGUUCUCAAUCGACUCAACCACCCCUACGUGGUGCGCUACUUCUCCACUUGGAUCGAGGAAAACAAUUCUGUCUUCUCCAUCAUGGAGGACUCUACGACUGAGACUGAGACGGCUACUGAGACCAUCACAAAUGAUGGGGACGAGGAGAACGAGGAAGAGCCUGGCAUGGACUUUGGCUAUAGCACUGGGGGGCUGGACUUUGUGAGCUCCACUGGAUAUUCGCAAGUCGAGUUCGGCGAGGACUCGGAAGAAGGUGACUCUGACGCCGUGGACGACGAGGAGGACGACGAUAGAGCACCUUCUCCGCGCCCGGAUGGAGCCGGACCCUCAGAUGAGGUUUCGGACGCUCCUGGCCGUCGGCUUCGCCACUCGAGAACAGAUUCUCGUCGAGGCGCCUCGACGCUGUACAUCCAGAUGGAGUACUGUGAGCGUCAGACUCUGAGGGAUCUGAUACGAAAGCAGAUGGGCUCUGAUGACUCUUGGCGGUACAUAAGACAGAUUACCGAAGGUCUGGCCCAUAUCCAUAGCCACGGCAUCAUCCACCGCGACCUCAAGCCGGACAACAUCUUCAUGGACAUAGCCGGCAACCCAAAGAUAGGGGACUUCGGUCUGGCCACCACUGCACUCCAGCAUCAGGUCGCCGUCCCCACCAUGAGUGGACACAGUGGUGGUGAUAUGACCCGCAGUGUGGGCACGACACUAUAUGUGGCGCCGGAGAUCCGCUCAGCAGCCAACACGAGCUACAACGACAAGGUCGACAUGUUCUCCAUGGGCGUGAUUUUCUACGAGAUGUGCGAGACGUUCAGUACGGCCAUGGAGAGGAUUCGCGCGCUGGAGAAGGUGCGCCAGAACCAAUUGCCAGCCGCCUUCCAAGCCCAGGGCGAGAAAGCCGGUCAGGGAAGGCUCAUCUCCUGCCUUGUCUCCCACAAGCCAAGCGAACGGCCUAGCAGCACGGAACUCCUGCGCAGCGACAUGCUUCCUGUCAAGAUCGAGGACGAAACAAUCCGACAAGCUUUGGGCGGUCUGUCUGACCCGAGAUCACCAUAUCACCAGAAGAUGAUGUCGGCGUUGUUCUCUCACGACUCGGUCAACUCUAACAGAGUGAAGGCCAUGGCUUGGGAUGCUCGCGUUCCCGGUACCAUGGAUGAUGCAAAGCGGCUUCGUCUCAGAAGCAUCGCCAGACAAUCAUUCGAAACGGUCUUCCGCCGCCACGGUGCGGAAGAAGCCCGCAGGCACAGCAUCUUCCCACGAUCAGACUACUACGCCAAUACAAACGUCGUCCAGCUGCUCGAUGCUUCUGGCAACCUCCUACAGCUGCCUUACGACCUCACAUUGCCAUAUGCACGACAGCUGGGCAAGCACACCUCCACAGAUGUACGGUGCAGCUACACCUUCGGUAAUGCCUACCGGGACGCCUUCACUGGAGGACCUCCCAGAGUCAGUGAGGAGGUCGACUUCGACGUUGUCACUCACAGCGGCGAUGAGCAACGCACACUGGACGACGUUGAAGUGCUCAAGGUCAUGGACGAACUUGCUUCGGAGAUGCCGUCGUUCGCAGCCUCGAACACUAUAAGCUUUCAUCUGAACGAUGCACGGAUCUUGAACGCCAUCCUGGACUUUUGUCGCGUGCCAGUCGCACAGCAGCCAGCCGUCAAAGAAAUCGUCAGCAAGCUGGGCUUUCAUCAACAUACAUGGGCCAAAGUACGGGUGGAGCUGCGCAAGUUCGGUCUACCAGACACGACGCUCGACGACCUCGAGACCUUCGACUUCCGCGAUGUGCCUGACAAAGUUUUCACACGGUUGAAGAACCUGCUCGAGAACGCCGCCCCGCGAGUUCGGUCUCGUGUUGAGACUGGCGUAGACCACCUAGACGAUAUCGUACGCAUCGCAGCCGCCUACGGAACGCAGCACAAGCUGUACAUCGCACCCCUGGGUAGCGUCAACGCCAAAUUCUACGAAGAUGACUUUCUCUUCCAAUGCGUGUUGGAGCGCAAAUCCAACCGCAUCGUGAUCGCGGCAGGCGGCCGCUACGACAGCUUAGUCAAAGCUCAUCGACCACCAGAUGUGCGCACUGCUACUCCUGGCGUCGUGGGUGUGGCUAUCGGGCUCGAUCCGAUCAUCAACAACAUGGCUAAGAGCAGCGAGAACAGUACGAAAAGAGCAUUCUUGAAAGAUCACGCAUCUGAGACAUCUACGGCAAAGCGCUGUGAUGUUCUCGUACUUGCGGUUGGAAGCGAUGCUGUGCACAUCGCCGGAGUCAAGCUGGUCACUACCCUGUGGAACAGCGGCAUGAGUGCAGAACUCGCCAUCACCAGAUCUGGCGACACCAAGGACUACAACUUCAUCGUCACCGUCAGACACGAAGCAUCAAGCACCGUACGCAUCUCCAGCGCACACGCCGGAGCCGACGAGACUGAUGUGCCAAUGACCGGCGUCGUCAGCCACAUCCAACAAGAAUUUCGCGAGCUCGAAUCUAGCAAACCGCGACCGCCCCCCUUGCUACGGCAGCCGAGCCACCAGGAAGUCGAGCGCAAAAGCAACGUACAAGUGCUUAUGGCGAGCCGUGGAAGCAAGAAGUCGAAUAAGUACCAGAUCGUCAGUGACGCCCAGGAGCAUUGGUCUCGCAAGCUGGACGCGGCGAAAGACGCACCCAUUUUGGCGGUGGAGACCAGAGACGAUGUGCUGGAUUUGGUCCAGCAGACCCGACUCAGCGACGCAGAGAGCUGGCGCAAAGCGGUGCAGAGCGUACCACUAAACGACCGGCAGUACGUGCAGCAGAUACGAGAAAUGCUGUCCUCUUGGCGGAAGAAAUGGGAGUCGGGCGACGGUAUGCGGGAGGCGUGCGUGUUCAAUUUCAGGACACACUAUGCCGUCAUCUACGACGUAGGACUGUGA